CUGGACACAAGUUUACCAACCGCUUGGCCCAAGAAAAAUCUCCAUAUCUGCUACAGCAUGCCCACAAUCCAGUCGAUUGGUAUCCCUGGGGAGAUGAAGCAAUUGCAAAGGCCAAAGCCGAAAAUAAAAUGAUAUUUUUAUCGGUCGGCUAUUCGACAUGUCAUUGGUGUCAUGUCAUGGAACAUGAAUCGUUCGAAAACGAAGAGGUGGCAGCCAUAAUGAAUGAAAAUUUCGUCAACAUUAAAGUGGAUCGAGAAGAGCGGCCAGAUAUUGAUCGCAUCUAUAUGCAAUUUGUGCUGAUGAUGAACGGUAGCGGUGGCUGGCCAAUGAGUGUUUGGUUAACGCCCGAUUUGGCGCCCAUAACAGCGGGUACAUAUUUUCCACCAAAUGAUCGUUGGGGUAUGCCUUCAUUUAAAACGGUGUUAAAAGCUAUCGCCUCCAAAUGGGCUGACAAUGAGGAACAAUUAAAGGCAGCAGGAAAUGAAAUUAUUGCCGCCAUACAAAAGUCGCUGUGUGAAAAAACAACAGAAGCUGUAUUUGAACCAGGCAGUGCAGAUGCAAAGCUGCAAGAGGCUAUGCGUAUCUUCAAGCAACGCCAUGAUGCAGAAUAUGGUGGCUUCGGUUCACAUCCAAAAUUUCCAGAAGUAUCCCGUUUGAAUUUCCUCUUCCAUGCUUAUAUUGUGACCAAAGAUAUUGAUACCCUGGAUAUGGCGAUAAAAACCCUACACAAUAUCGGUCGUGGUGGUAUACAUGAUCACGUUUUUGGUGGUUUUGCACGUUAUUCGGUGGAUCGUAAAUGGCAUGUACCACAUUUUGAAAAAAUGCUUUACGAUCAGGGCCAACUUAUGUCAGCAUACGGAAAUGCUUAUAAGUUGACGCGUGAGGAGCCCCUUUUGGAAUAUGCUGAUGGUAUUUAUCGAUAUUUGACAACAGAUUUACAACAUCCAGCCGGUGGUUUUUAUGCUGGUGAAGAUGCUGAUUCUUUGCCCAAGGCAGAGGAUGCAAAAAAAGUUGAAGGUGCCUUUUAUGCCUGGACCUAUGAAGAAGUCAAGAAAGCCAUAAAUGAGAAUAAAGACAAAUAUACCAAGUUGCAAAUGGAUGCGGAUAAAAUAUUUGAACUCUAUGCUAAAUAUUAUGAUUUGAAACCAACCGGUAAUGUUGAACCGGCCAGUGAUCCUCAUGGUCAUUUAAAUGGUAAAAAUAUUUUAAUCAUCCGGCAAACAGCUGAAGAAUUUUGUCAGAAAAACUCCAUUGAACAGCAGCAAUUGAAACAAAUUACCCGCAUCACAAAUGAGGUGUUGAAUGAGAUACGUAAAUUACGACCACGUCCUCACUUGGAUACAAAAAUAAUUUGUUCAUGGAAUGGUUUGGUAUUGAGUGGCCUCUCAAAGUUGGCCAAUUGUGGCAGUGAAAAGAGACCUGUGUAUAUAUUGGUUACAUUUAUGUAUGAAAAUUUAUGGGAUAAAGAGAAGAAAUUGCUGCGACGUUCAUGUUAUGGUGUGGCCACCAAUGAUUCGACUUUGCAAGAGAAUUUGGAGGGAGAACGUAUCGAUGGCUUCUUAGAUGAUUAUGCUUUCCUUAUCAGAGGCCUUUUGGAUUAUUAUAAAGCAACUUUGGAUGGUUUUGCCUUAGACUGGGCUAAAGAAUUACAGGAAAUCCAAGACACCUUGUUUUGGGACGCUGAAAAUGGUGCAUACUUCUAUUCCAAAGCCAAUUCACCAAAUGUUGUGAUAAGACUCAAGGAUGAUCACGAUGGUGCCGAACCCUGUGGCAAUAGUGUAUCAGCCCGUAAUCUUAUCCUACUCUCCCACUAUAUGGACGAGGAAAGUUAUAGUAAGCGUGCUUCCAGUCUAUUCGAAUUCUUUGCCGAUCAACAACCGUUCGGUUAUGCCUUACCCGAAAUGUUAUCCGGCCUGUUGUUAUAUGAAAAUGGUCUCGAUUUGGUAGCCGUGGUGGGCCCAGAUUCUGAGACCACUAAACGUUUUGUGGAAAUUUGUCGUAAAUAUUAUAUACCUGGCAUGAUUAUUGUACAUGUUGAUCCUCAAAAUACCCGACAUGCCUAUAAUCAACGUGUUCAGGAGAAAUUCAAAAUGAUCAAUGGCAAACCAACGGUUUAUAUAUGUCAUGACAAAGUGUGCCGUAUGCCUGUUACCGAUCCGGAAAAAUUGGAACAAAAUCUAAAUGAGAAUUUUUUGAGACGUAUAAUCUAAGGUGUUUA